GGUGCCAAGCAGGACUUGAAUAUUCCCAGCCAUUUCCAGGAGGUGAGUUUGCUGUUUGUGAGCCGUGCUGGCUUGGCCGGGGCAAAUGCAGGAGGAUAUGCACCGAGGAUGAGAAGGUUGUUGGAAAUUGCAAGAUGAACUUUUUCUGUUGCCGACGGAGGAUCAGAUCGACUUAUGAUUUCAUUAUCUCCAUUUAUAUUUGAAGAAACUGAGACCCAGAGAAGCUUUCAUUUCUUCAAGGUCAUAGCCUGGAAGCUGGAAAUGGAUGUGCACACCCCUGUCCUGUUCUGUGUAUCUAUCUUUGUAUAAUAAUUUAAACCAAAUAGAUAAACAGAAAUGACAUCUGCAUCUCUGUUUGGAAUUACAAUUCUAUAGCAUACAAGAAAUUAUUCAUGUUAUUUCUGGGUAUAUCAAUAAGCGAUCAGUCAUUGAUUCUAAUAUUUACACUGUGUUUUUAAGCAACUCAUACCUACUCAGUUAAUGCCCAUGGCCCCAACUUUGUACUUCUUGCCAAUAAAUUAAGAUGUUAGAGGUCGAAUUAAAAUGCUCAGCAUGGAUUGUGCAUGUAUGAUUGACUAUC